GUUUGGGGCGUCCCGAGCCCCCUCUCCCGCACCCCCCACCCAGAAGCGCCGGAGCGGCCCCUGCGCUCUCCGCCUCCCUCCGCCGGGUUACUGCGCGGUCCUUGGCGCCGCAGUGAGGCGCUCCCUCCCUCCGCACGGCCGGUCCCGCCGCCUCGGCGCGCGCCGAAAGGGUGUCGGGGCCAGUGGCUGAGCCAACCCUGGCUCCUCCCGCCGGCCCGGAGCCCCGAGCGCCCGGGCGCCCUCCCCGCGCCAGUCGCUGCCCCGUCUGUGCUCAGGGUCGCGCCCGUGAUCGCGGGGCCAUGGGCGCCGCCGGCUCGUCGGUGCUGGCCCGCCUCGGCCUCCCCGGGCGCCCAAGGCCCGGCUGGCUCGCGGUCGCCGCGCUGGGACUGGCCGCGGUGGCGCUGGGGGCCGUCGCCUGGCGCCGGGCGCGGCCCAGGCGGCGCCGGCGGCUGCAGCAGGUGGGCACCGUGGCGCAGCUCUGCAUCUACCCGAUCAAGUCCUGCAAGGGGGUGUCUGUGAGCGCGGCGGAGUGCACGGCCCUGGGGCUGCGCAGCGGCCACUUGCGGGACAGGUUUUGGCUGGUGAUUAAGGAAGAUGGACACAUGGUGACAGCCCGGCAGGAGCCUCGCCUUGUGCUGGUCUCCAUCACUUACGAGGACGAUCACUUCAUCCUCAGGGCACCGGGCAUGGACCAGCUGGUUUUGCCGAGCAAGCUGCCUUCCUCGAACACGCUCCGUGACUGCAGGGUGUUUGGUCUUGACAUCGAGGGCAGGGAUUGCGGUGACGAGGCCGCUCAAUGGUUUACCAACUUCUUGAAAACAGAAGCUUUCAGGCUGGUUCAGUUUGAAAGCAACAUGAAGGGACGAUCAUCAAAGAAAAUCUUCCCUUUUGUCCAGAAUUACCAGGUGGCCUACCCGGACUGCAGCCCUGUCAUGGUCCUCUCGGAAGCCUCUCUGGCAGAUCUGAAUACGAGGCUGGAGAAGAAAGCGAAAAUGAGCCAGUUCAGGCCAAAUAUCGUGGUGACAGGCUGCGAUGCUUUUGAGGAGGACACCUGGGGUGAACUCCUCAUUGGCAACGUAGAAAUGAAAAAGGUGUUGUCUUGUCCCAGGUGCAUUAUGACCACAGUGGACCCCGAUACCGGAGUGAUCGACAGGAAGGAGCCGCUGGAAACACUGAAGAGCUACCGCCUGUGUGAUCCUUCUGAGAAAGCAAUUUACAAGUCGUCCCCUCUUUUUGGAAUCUAUUAUUCGGUGGAAAAAAUCGGAAGUCUGAAAGUUGGUGACCCCGUGUACCAGAUGGUAUAGUGACAGAUCCACUAGGAUGAUUACGGUAAAGGACCAGGGUUGCUUCUGGAAUGCGG